GCCCCGCGUAUUAAGAUCUUCUCUGGGGGGCGGGAUUUUGACCAGAGCAAAUGGUAGAUUUUGGCAUGACAGGGUGUGGGUCAUGAUUCAGCAUAUGCAAGGAAUCAAUAACAGCCUCCACCACGCAGGAUGCAUACAUACGAGAAGUGACACAGGUUCAUGCUAUACUACACCGACUCGUUAAGGAAUCCAAAAAGUGCUUGUCUAUAUUCCCUGCUUGUCUAUAUUCCGUUUUACCCUAACGUGACCCCAUGUCAUACACAUCUCGUUCAAAAAAGGAAAAAAAGAAAAUUCCAAAUUGGACCCAGGAUGAUAUCAAAGACAUGCAUUCCGGAACUUCCGGAACAGGGAACUUGUCUUCCAAGCAGAGGAUAUUCUCCCGCCCCUUGCGAAGUAGGCACUUGCUCCAGCUCAAGCCAUGCUUCUUCUUGUGCAGUCAUGCUAUGACCCUUGCAUUGACAUCCCACGCUCUUGUUCAGCUACCAGAUACACCGCUAUUUCACCCCUCGCGAGCUAUGAGGUCCGAUACAUUAAAGCUCUUGGAUUCUUCUUCCACUUAUAUAUUGCCC